CAUCCAUGCCGCCCGCGCGGGCCGGGCAGCGCCCGCUGCUGAUUCACCGGCAGCCAGCCCGCGGCAUCCCGCCCGCUCCGUCCCGCCCGCUGAGCUGCCUCGGCUCGCCUCGGCUCGGCUCGGCUCGGCUCGGCUCGCCGGGGCCAGGGCGUUCCGGGAGGGCUGCGCCUUUCGGCCGGGACCGGAGCGGCGCUUUGGGAUCUGGCCGGGCGGACGCGCCCGGCGCGGUAAGCGCGGUGCGGGGCGGGGGAGCCAGCGGAGCCGGGACACGCUCGGCCCUGCCCCGCCGUGUCCCCGCCGGUCCCAUCCCGGGGUGGGUGCUCCCGGCUGGGCGGCAGGGGAGCCCCGAGCCCCUGGAGUUCAGCCCGCGGUUAACAGGUGGCCGAGGCGGUUCCGAGCAGGGAGCAGGCGGCUCCCGCAAGCCCUUAAGGUCUGAAGCGCUCUGCCGAUUUUUCUUUCUUUUUAAAUAAUAAUAAUAAUAAAAUGCAAGAGGUGGCAUUGUUCAUUUGGGUGAUGUGGAGAAGGUCAGCUGUAGGAAAGCUUGCGUCUCCUUUCUGAAUUUCUAACGGAGUAAUUCCUUCUGUAUUCAGAAGCAGAACGGCUGAAAGGCACACUGACUGCUGAGCACUUGAAUGAAUUUAACAACUGAACCGAAAAUGUUUGAAAAAAAAUGUUUGGGGGGAAAAAAACAUCCAAGAUCAGUUUAUUGUUUGUUUGUUGUGGGGUUUUUUAACUUUUUUCCCCCUCCAGGUAACAUCUCUCUUUGUGCUUUCAGACUGAAGGGAUGAACGCCUCUCUUCAAUACAGCCUUAGAUUACUUCUCCUGCUCUGUCUUGCCUUCUUUCUUUUCUCUGCGUGUUCUUCCCUAGUCCGUUGAUUCUCAUACUUUCCUCCUGCCCCCUCCCUCCCUUCCUUUUCCUUUAGCAGUCUCUGUUUUUAACAGUUGUCAUCUCAGUGGCUUUUUCCUCUGGCCUCAACCUCUCUUGACAGUGACUGGUGUGUGAGUGCAGGUCUCUCUCCUGUCUGCCAUUCUUUUUUUACUGGAAACAAUCACCUUAGUGACAAGCUCGCAAAAUUUCUCUCUGAGCAGUCCCUGUUCCCUGACAUUUGCCUUUUCAUCCUGUCAUCCAACCUUGUUUGGCACAUAAAGCUGGACGUGACUGGAAGCAUAGACACACCACAAGUUUCUGUGACAGGCGUAGCUCGCAGAGAGAUGGGACAGCGGUGGCAAUGCUGCCUCAAAGUGCCCCAGCAGGGCUGGCUGGACUCUUUUGGAGGGAGCACUGAGGCACUUCUGUUUCCAGGUGUGUUUCCCAGCCCACUGCUCUGUCCUGGAGUGUCUCCCUGUUUUGGUCUGUUCCUCUCAUUUGAACUUCCCAGAGGCUGUGCACACAGGGUCGCAGAUUUUCGUAACCACUGUGGAAACAUACAGAUGUUUUGGUUUCUACUUAGAGAUAAUCAGCAGUGCUGGAGGGAAGACUUAGAUUUGAAGACAAGGGAAAAAAAUCCCCCAGUUCUUGCUUGAAACAAUCCCAGACCAGUUUGACUUUGGAUGAACAGCUCCAUUUCAGUGGAAUUGAGUAUUCCCCUGAAAAGAUCACAAAUUUGAACUCAAAACCUGCCCACUUAGAGUAUUGAGAAUUAACAAGAAACAAGGAUUCUUAGGUCAGCUUUGGAGGGAGUUGCUGCUGGUUACAAGGACAGUUUCAGACACACACAAAACCAGAUAUGCCUUUGUAGUCUCAGUGGUGGUAUAAGCCAUGAAGUUGUGUUGCAGAUGUGGUGUGUGUUCAGUUUUGCUUUCAUUUUGAAAGGUCUGUGUUUGCUGAGGCGCACGAUGUCUGCCCUGAGGCUGAUCUCUAACAGAACCUCCCAGCAGGCCUUGUCCAACUCUGAUUACACCUGGGACUAUGAGUACUAUGAGUAUGGACCAGUGUCAUUUGAAGGUCUGAAGGCUCAUAAGUAUUCCAUUGUGAUUGGAUUUUGGGUUGGUCUUGCAGUUUUUGUCAUCUUCAUGUUUUUUGUCCUGACCCUGCUGACGAAGACAGGAGCACCACAUCAAGACAAUGCAGAACUUUCUGAAAAAAAAUUUCACAUGAACAGCUUUGUGGCAGAUUUUGGAAGACCUUUGGAAUCUGAGAGGGUCUUUUCUCACCAAAUGGCUGAAGAAUCCCAGUCACUUUUCCAUUUCUGCAUUAAUGAAGUGGACCAUAUGAACAAAGAAAAAGCGAGUCAGAAAGGUCCAAGUCUGGAGAGUAAUACCCACUUCCAGGAGGUUCCCAAGAGCAGUGGAAUGUUUGAGGAAGACCUACAUUGUCUUACAAAAUUUAACAUUCCUAAUUUUGUGAACACUGAGCAGAACUCUUCCUUAGGUGAGGAUGAUCUCCUCAUCUCAGAGCCACCAAUCCUUUUAUAAAGCAAACUGGUUAUGCAAUCUUAACAUUGGAUCCUUGAUUGAAAUAUCUUGUACUUUAAGGGAAACAUCCCCAUUAUUGUCCAGUUUGAAGCCUUUCUUGGCCUCCUGCUCUUUUGACAGAAGGUAGUUCAGACCUGUGCUUUUUAUUGUAUGUGAGACUGACUGUAUUGAUAGAACUCGGUUUAGACAGGAAGACACUGAAUGCUUUAUUCUGAUGCCUUCUGUGGUCUAAAACUUAUGCCCAGUAUUAUUUUUGCUUUUUGAUUUUGUUUGUAUGUUUCUUGUACUGUUCUUCAUUUUUAAACGAUUACUUAUGACCAGCUUCUGAAGGAUAAUAAUUUACAAGAAUAGUGAAGGCUGGAGCCUGGCAGUGGGAGGUCUGUGAAAAUUCAUUGGCCAAGAAAAGUGUAAAUGUCAAAGAAGACUGAAAAAAGGAAGAAACAGCCCCUGGGGAUGCUCUGUAGUUUCUGCUGCGCCCAAUAAGGAUGCCUGAAGCUGAGCACCACAAUAAAUACCUGCUUGGGACUAACUUCAGUUUCUGAUCCCUAACUGCUUUUUUGGUGCAGGUUAAACCCAAUUUACAAAACUUCCAGAGGAAAUACCUUGCAAAUUAAAUUGUUUGGUUACAGUGUUUACAAAAUGCUAUCACCACCUGCUGCUGAGUAAAAACAAACUGGUGCUUGUAAUUAUAUUGCAGAAUGACACCUCAGCAGCUGCUCAUGAUGACAUGGAAUUAGUAUUCUAUACACACACACAAAAUGGUGAUUUGACUCUUUCUUUUUUUUCUUUUUUUUCUGCUAAUUGCUGGACUCAGUAGCUAAAUCACAGGAAAUAAGAAAAACCCUAUUUUUCUUUUGCCAAUAAAGUUACUACAUGCAAA